CGUCCGAGGUUUGUGUUUGGCUCCGCCCCCAAAUCGAAGGUAGCGUCCACCUUACCCCGGAAAACCUUAUCUACCCGUUCCCCGGCGGCACAAUCUAUCCCGAGCGACUCUAGAGAAGAAGAGCGGUCGUGUUGUUUCUACGUUGAAGAACUGAUUUUGGGUGAUGGGUCAUUUCUUGAAAUCACUGAUUUGGGUUAAAGUGAUGAGUGCGUGGAAAGCUUAUCCAAUGAAUUGAACCGGAUGCUUCUCUUGAAUAGAGCAGAGAGCAAUGGGAUUCCGCAACACUUUGAGCUUGGAAAUCCAAUAUGUCCACUUUGUUAAUGGGAAAGACGAGACAUUCAGGAAGAUUUUACCAAACAGGGUUUCAGUUGAUGAGAGGUGAACUAAAGCCAGGAAGGAACUUUUGAUAUAUUAUGGGAUGAAAGGAACAAAAUCUCAUUAAAUUAUUGGGAAGAUUACUUCUUCCAUUUUAAUGGACGAGUACGCUGUUGCUACCGUUUGUCCGGAUUGUCUACAUCCCGAGUUUGGUUGGGGUGGUUAUGCUUGCAAGCAUUCCAGUACUAGCAGCAUGUAAGGAAAAGCAAGCUCAAAUGGGUGAUCUUUGCAACUGACAGUAUUUCUGUUAUUUGUCCAUAGUAAGUAUGGGCCUCGAGGCUCGGACUGCCAAUGAUCGCCUGAGGACUGUUUGGACACCUGAGAUGGACCGGUACUUCAUCAAUCUUAUGCUGGAGCAGGUCAGCAGAGGGAACCGAAUUGAUGACAACUUGUUCAGCAAGCGAGCCUGGAAGCACAUGUUAAUGCUGUUCAACGCGAAAUUCAAAUCCAACUAUGAGAAGGAUGUCCUUAAGAACCGCCACAAGUCUCUAAGGAACCUCUACAGGGGUAUCAGGAAUCUCCUGGACCAGACUGGUUUCUACUGGGACGAGACCCGACAGAUGGUGACCGCUGAGAAUAACGUCUGGGAUGAGUACAUCAAGGCACAUCCUGAUGCCCGCUCGUACAGAAUCAAGAGCAUUCCAUAUUACAGAGAUUUAUGUCUGAUUUAUGGAAAUUCAUCAUGUAAACAGAAAGCUAAUGUGGAGUCAGAGUCAGAGAUGUCAUCACAUUCGUUAGAUGCUGAAAUAGUCGCACCUAUCAACCCUGAUGGCAUCACAGAUGGAAGCAUGGACUCGCUAAAUGAUAUCGCUAUUGAUGAGGACUUCAGUAUUUCUCUUCCUGAUGGAGUCUCUGGAGCUCCAUUGAAUGUGAGAACCAGUACAAGCAGCCGUACCCGGACCUACUGGGAGCCUCCGAUGGACCGCUACUUUAUUGACCUCAUGAUGGAUCAAAUGCGGAGAUGCAACCAGGUAGAUGGCAUUUUUGUAAAACAGGCAUGGAGUGAGAUGAUUGACUCGUUCAAUGCUAAGUUCGGGUUUGGCUAUGAGGUGGAUGUCCUGAAAAACCGAUACAAGACCCUCAGGCGGCAGUAUAAUGUGAUAAGGAAUCUGCUAGAACUGGACGGUUUCUCGUGGGAUGAUUCUCGGCAGAUGGUGAUUGCCGACGAUUAUGUUUGGCAGGACUAUAUCAAGGCACAUACAGAUGCACGGCAGUUCAUGACCCGGCCAGUCCCUUACUACAAGGACCUGUGCAUGAUAUGCCGUGACCUGAGCGCUGAUGAUCGGGAACUCCUUUUGGCCAGAAGUGUAGAUGAACCACGAGCUGAAGAUCAGCAGGCAUCAAAGGAGUGUCCAUCAUCUUCUCCAUCAAAUCCGGGAGAAGAACAGAGGGACAGCUCGGAAGUACCACUGAAAACGAGCUCGAGGAAGCAUUCAUUGGACCAGGACGAUCAAGAAAGGCAAGAGAAACGGUUCAACGGAACGCCGAUCUCGGUUACACCUUUGUUGGAUGUAAGGAAAGAGGACGAGGGCCAAAACUCAAUCCCAGUCGAGGCUGUAGUUGAGGCUGUCCAGGCACUGCCGGAUAUGGACGAUGAGCUCAUACUGGAUGCAUGUGACUUCCUUGAGGAUGAUAAUAAGGCUAAGACAUUCAUGGCUUUGGGUGUUAAACUGCGAAAGAAGUGGUUAAUACGAAAGCUUCGCCCUGACUUGUAGAUGCACAUUUCACUACUCUUUUGCAGACCAAUAUAUUGACAUACCGCUUGAUCUGAGCAAA